UUACCACGUAACUGGUCUGUGAUUCUUAAUUUUAAAACGUCAACGUCAAUUUCUCACGAAAUUGUUGCCCGUCGUUCUUCAAUUUUCUGAACAAAUUCUGGCUAGACACGUGUACUUCCUAUUGUUUGUGUAGAAUUUCAUCAUUUUAAAUUAUUUUAAAUUGCACCAUCAUCUCAGUAAUUAUAAAGUUUAAAAAGCUGAUAUAAUCGUACAUUGGGUGCUAAGCCAACUUGUUUUCGAGUGUUUACAUACCGUGUGAUCAGUGGAAUAGUUUUAUAAUGUCUGAAUUUAGAGAUUGGUAUUAUAGUGUUCCGUUCUUUACUCGUUAUUGGUUAACAUUAACUAUAGUUUUCAGUUUAAUCGGCCGCUUUGGUUUGGUCAACUACUAUUAUUUCAUUUUGGAUUAUUAUCCCUUCAUACAUCAAUUCCAAAUAUGGAGACCAUUGACGGCACUAUUUUUCUACCCCAUCAGCCCAGGCACAGGCUUUCAUUUCCUAAUCAACUGCUACUUCCUGUACAACUACUCGCAACGCUUAGAAACAGGAAUGUUUGCUGGAAAACCAGCAGAUUACUUCUACAUGUUACUGUUUAAUUGGAUCUGUUGUGUUAUCAUCGGUUUACUGGUUAAUUUGUCGAUUCUCAUGGACCCAAUGGUGCUCUCAGUAUUAUAUGUAUGGUGUCAGCUUAACAAGGAUGUGAUUGUGUCCUUUUGGUUUGGAACACGGUUCAAAGCCAUGUAUCUGCCUUGGGUAUUGUUAGCUUUCAACAUGGUCCUUAGUGGAGGUGGUGUGAUGGAGCUCCUAGGUAUCCUGAUCGGACACCUUUCAUUCUUCCUGCAGUUCAAGUAUCCUCAAGAAUUCGGUGGUCCCGCUCUAUUAACUCCACCUGCAUUCUUGAAGCAGUUAUUCCCCGACACGAGGUACGUAGGUGGGUUCGGUACAGCGCCACAGGCGAGAGUGCCGACGCGCGGCGGCGGUAACGUGUUUGGGGGCCACAACUGGGGGCGCGGGCACACGCUUGGGGGCAACUGAACUACAGAUAGAGAACCACUGGAAUUGAUUCCUUAGUCACACACAUUUUAUCGUCUGAUUGAAUGAACAGUAAGAACAGCGCUUGUGGUAUAGCUAGGAGUCUGACGUGUGGCUAAUAUUAUUAUUUUAAGAAGUUGUUUAUUAUAUUUUAGCUAUUCCACAAGUUGUGCUACUGUUCUGUAUCUACUAUGUGUAUAUAAAAAGUAAAGAUAUUUUAGUUUACCACCAUAUUGUUUUUUAAUAAUAAAAUAUGACACCAGAGAAUGUGUUAGUGAAUAAGGCUUGACUACUAUGUAAAUCGAAAAAUAGAUAUUUAAAGUUCAAUUGAGAACUAUAUUCAUUUAGCUGAUUUGAUUAGCAGGGAAAGUGGAAAGCGCUCCGACCAGCUUCAAUGUUUUAUACGAUUUCAAUGUUAUUCUAUAUUAUAUCUAGUUUCGGCUUAUUUCGUACCGGAGUUGUGUUAUCCGGCCUUUUUCCCGUCGAGCUAAAAU